UGGAGGUAGACGCACUCAGCAAGCAAAUUGUCUCGCUCUCUCGCUCGCUGAUUGAACUCACUCGCUGUGUUAAUGUGUUAAAGACGCAGAGGGUGGAUCGGAGAUGCUUGCUUUGACUCUUCCGCCUCCUCCGCCUCCUACUUCUUCACCCACUUUAGAAACUCCGGGUCGGUUUCCGCAUCUUCGCUGCAGGACGAAGAGAGCGUCGCUGCGUGCCUCGCUUUCUCCUUCGCUGGUAGCAGAGAGUGCCACGAGCUGUGGGGGCUUGCGCAGAUGUGGGAUGUAUAAGGGGCUUAAUUUGGAAGGAGCUGGACUUGCUGUGCGUUGCCACAUCGGUCGCGUGAGUACACUCCGUUUGCUACAAGUGGAGUUGGCUGUGAACUAUGGCUGGUUUCCUCGUGAAGGUUGGGGAGAGGGUUGCGUGCUCGCUCGAUUUGCAAUUAAGCCAUCUGUCGGUGCCUGUCAUUUGGGUGGUCGUCGCCUAAGAGCCAACAAGAUUGAAACGCCGGACAGGAUUGCAAAAGGAAGAAGUUUGUGGCGAUUCGUCGCAAAUUUGGCUUGCGAUUGUGAGUAUCGUAUAGAGAAAAGGAUGGAGACUGAUUCCGACUCUGUUGAUUCUAGAGAAGGUCAACUACAAGACAGGCGUGUGAGUUUAUACGACCAUGGGUCAGAUUUACGCAAUGAUCGCCAUCCAGCAGAUUUGUACCUUGGUACAAGGUUGAAAAGGCCCAGGCACGACUUAUCUCUUUUAUCACAAUUCUUCUGGGGUCUUGAGGACGAGGAGAUGGAAUCAAGACCUCCAGAAAAGAAACGCAGAUGGAGAGGACAUGCCAAAAGGCGAGGUGUAGCAACUUCUGGCACGCGAAUUGAUACAGAUGAAAAGUCCGACAACUGUAAAACUAAUUGGCAUGAUCUUCCGAUGGAAUUGUUGGUGCGGAUCCUUAAAUUGGUGGACAACCGAACAGUGGUAACAGCCACAGGUGUUUGUCGUGGUUGGCGAGACUCCGUUGGCCAGGGCAUCUAUGACCUUUCAUUCUCAUGGUGUGGUCACAGUGUGAGCAAGUUGGUCCAAUCUGUCUCCCCCAAAUUUCCACGCCUUCAGAGUUGCAGGCUGAAACGGUGCAUUUACUUGGAUGAUGCGGCAAUUGAGACUGCCUCAAGCAGUUGGCACGGACUUAAAAUCUUAGAACUCAGUGAAGGCAGAAGACUGACUGAUGCUUCACUGCAUGCUUUGGCAAAUGGAUGUCCAAUGUUGGAGAAAUUGGAUUUAAGUGCGUGUACGGGCAUUACAGAAGCGGGACUUCUGGAGCUUGUACAAAGAUGCAGCAAUCUACGCCAUCUUAAUCUCUGGGGGUGCACGGACGCUGGUACAGACGCCGUAUUGCAGGCUUUGGCAAAACAUUGCAAAGCGCUCCAAUCAUUGAACUUGGGUUGUUGUGAACAAGUCACGGACAAAGGAAUUAUUGCUUUUGCACGUGGGUGCUCAGACUUGCGUGUAAUCGAUCUAUGUCGCUGCAACCGCAUAACAGACCAAAGCGUAAUUUUCCUGUCCGACAAGUGCCGCCAUCUGUGCGCUUUGGGGCUCUCAACCUGCGCUAAAAUUACCGACGAUUCAAUGUACGCGCUGGUUAAAAGAAAAACGGCCGCUGUCUCACUACCCUCCCGGGGCAAAGGCAAUAGAUUUUGUGUGAAAAACCUGGACAUGUCGAGUGACUUCCGGGUGCCUAAAUAUAGAACUUGUGCUACAAGCAGCUGCAGCAGCAGCGGCAGCACAUGCAGCGAUGCAAGCAAGUUGCCCAUCAAGAGAGAGGGAUUGGAUACUCUACUCGAGGAGAAUCCAAACUAUGGUUUAGUGUGCCUCAAUGUCAGUCAUUGUGCAGCUCUGUCCGCGCAAGCUGUGCAAGCUGUGUGUGACGCCUAUCCAGACCUUCACACAUGUGCCGAGAAACAGUCGCUAAUUACAAGUGGAUGCUUGAAUCUUCUAUCGGUUAACUGUGUCUGUGCCCUCGAUGCAAGGAGGGAUAAGAUCAAGCGGGAAGUGCGGCGGGGCUUCCUGUUAUAGGAAUAUAAGAUUUACGAUUCUUUCGAGUAUAGGAUUCCUCAUCUUUCAUCCUACUAUCUUGCAUUAGGUCAAGAUAGAUCAUGUCAAUACUGAACAUAUAUUGUAAAUUAUGGUGAUAGCAUUCAUUUUUGUGAAUCUGCAGGUGUUGCGGUAUUGUAAAUUUAGAUUUACGUGUGUUCACAUUUAGGGCUUAGCAAGGAGUCCUGUAUUCCUUUGUAUGCGAGAAGUAAUCUUAGUCGAGAAGUAUAGAGAAGUGAUUCGAUGGAAACUUAUACUAGUUCUUUCAGGCUUUGCACUGACGAUUAAGCACCACAUACCAGGUACAAGCUGGGGAAGUUGAGUA